UGCUCCUCUUAGAUCUGAACUUAAGAUCUCGAAGCCAUCUCUCUGGCGUGAACUGGAGUCGAGAGAGAGAGAGAGAGAGAGAGAGAGAGAGAGAGAGGGGAAAAGAAGGGGCCAUUCCCUCUCUCCUAUCUGCGCCAUCUUGGUUAACGGAGAAGGGAAGGAAUCAAAAUGAAGCUCCCCACCAUCUUCAGUCUCACUGUCUUUGUUCUGCUGCUUGGCUUCACUAUCACUCCUGCAGAUGCUUACGAUCCGCUUGAUCCAAAUGGGAACAUCACAAUAAAGUGGGAUAUUACACAGUGGACAGCAGAUGGAUAUGUAGCAACUGUCACGAUUUUCAAUUUCCAACAAUACCGCCAUAUUCAGGCCCCUGGAUGGACACUUGGGUGGACAUGGGCAAAGAAGGAGGUGAUCUGGAACAUGGUUGGUGCUCAAACUACUGAUCAGGGAGACUGCUCAAAAUUCAAAGGAAACAUUCCGCAUUGCUGUAAAAAAGAUCCCACUGUUGUUGAUCUCUUACCAGGAACACCUUACAACCAGCAGGUGGCUAACUGCUGUAGAGGCGGUGUGAUUAACUCAAUGGUUCAGGAUCCAUCUGCUUCAGUUAGUUCGUUUCUGAUAGCUGUUGGUUCUUCCGGAACUAGCAACAAGACUGUUAAACUUCCUAAGAAUUACACACUCAAUGCACCUGGCCCUGGAUAUACUUGUGGUCCUGCAAAGAAAGGGAAGCCCAGUGAGUUCUUCACAGCAGAUGGAAGACGAAAAACUCGAGCUCUUAUGACAUGGAACGUUACAUGUACAUAUUCUCAAUUCUUAGCUCAGAGGACCCCCACAUGUUGCGUAUCACUAUCUUCCUUCUACAACGAUACCAUUGUUCCUUGCCCAACCUGUACAUGUGGCUGCCAAAACAAUAUAACUAAUCCUGGAAGCUGUGUAAUGGGGGAUUCACCAUAUUUAGCUUCCGCAGUUGCAAGUGGAGGAAAGAAUAACUACAAUCCACUGGUUCAGUGUACCAGUCAUAUGUGUCCUGUCAGGAUUCAUUGGCAUGUUAAGCUGAAUUACAAGGAAUAUUGGCGAGUGAAAAUUACAGUGACCAACUUCAACUACAGGAUGAAUUACACACAGUGGAACCUUGUUGUCCAGCACCCAAAUUUUGAUAAUCUCACUCAGAUUUUCAGCUUCAAUUACAAGUCACUCUCUCCAUACGGACCAUUAAAUGACACGGCCAUGCUUUGGGGGGUCAAGUACUACAAUGACCUCCUUAUGGCUGCUGGACCACUUGGGAAUGUGCAAUCAGAGCUGCUUUUCCAGAAGGACCUCUCCACAUUUACAUUCAAGCAGGGAUGGGCUUUCCCGCGGCGAAUUUACUUCAAUGGUGACAAUUGUGUCUUGCCAUCACCUGAUAACUACCCGUGGUUACCGAAUUCCAGUCCUCACCGAAGAGCUUUCUCAAUUUUCCAGAUAAUCACAACCGCUUUAGCAUUCUUGUUAUCCUUUAUGUGGAUUUGAUUUUUUCAACCAGUUACCAUUGGUUGCGAUUGAGCUUCAGUUGCAUUCCUCAAAGGAUGGUGGAGAAUUUGCAUUUGGACACGGUUAGUCUUCAGCCGAAAAGUCAGGCUAAGGUGUGCAUUGCCGAAAUAUCCGUGCAUUAUGCAGGUCAAAAUUUGUCACUUGCAAGUGUCUGGUUGAAGAAAUCCACUAUCUCUUGCAAUACAGUUAAGGGUAGAUUAUUGUUUUGGUCUUGUGAGGGUAAUAGUCUAGUGUACAAUAUUUAUUUCAUUGUCAGAGAAGCAAACUACUGUUGCCUUAUUUUGUGAAGUUGUAAUAAGCAUUAUUCAUGAACUUGCA